GGAUAUGAUCUAUCGGUAGUACUCUUCGUUUGCUAGGACAUGCAUACGUAUUUGUACGAAUAUACAUCCAUCUAUCCAAGUACUGGGUAGUCAGUCAUUCGGCCAACCAAAGAAAAACUGACCAUGUCGGCACAUCUUGAAAACAAACACUAACAAGGGAUGACGAUUGCCCAUACCCCCACAACCGCAGCAGCCCAGAUUCCAGACCAUUUUACUCAAUCGAUACUUGCAAAACUUACGACGACGAUCUGAUUUUUCUUAAGUCGCAAGGUUCGUUAGGAAUCAUCGACUUCAUCCUUCACCUCUGUUUUUUUCUUUCAUUGUUUGAUCAUUACUUGGCUAGCGAUAUACCUAUCUAUCCUCGAAGAAUCCGAUUUCCCCGCGUUCCGAAGCCCAAAAAGUCUUUUCGUCUUACAAUAAAGGGCAACCACACGGCCACCUGCAUUUGAAGCAAAAAAUAAGAAAAGAGAACUUUCAUACUAGAAAAGAACAGAAAAGAAAAGCUAUGCCACAAGGAAGUGGUUUCCACCCAUUCGGUGGCAGAUUAUCCAAGCACAUGGGCAAUUCGCUCUCUCCUGAAGCUGCAUAUCUGAGUUAUUAUGAUGUACGAUUGACAAGAGAAGACGUUAAUACGUUGAAGGAUGAUUGGCUUACGGAUAAUACAAUAGCCUUCUGGCAGGAAUAUCUCGAGAACGAAUACCUCAAGCGAUACCCCUCCUCCCACAUCGUCCUACUCCGCCCCUCCAUGGCAUAUAUGCUACGAAUGCAGGACAACCCCACUCAACUCCGUUCCGCUCUCCCAGACUUUCGUCUCACCACCCAUAUCUUCCUCCCCAUAAACGAUAAUCGUAAUGUUUCCCAAGCAGAAGGUGGAUCUCACUGGUCACUCCUCCUCGUAUCCGUUAUCGACGGUGUAGCAUUCCACUACGAUUCUCUAUCGCCCUCAAAUUAUGAAGAAGCGAACACGACAACUUAUAAGCUAGGUCAGUUAUUGGGUCGUCAGUUGAGGUUUUUGAAUCUGCAGGAUACUCCGCAACAGCAGAAUGGAAGUGAUUGUGGAAUUUACGUGUGUAUUAUCAUGCGCCAUUUGUUGUUGAAGAGAUUGCUGUGCGCGAACGCGAGGGAAAAGGUUUCCAUGAGUAUGGGAGGCAAAUUGGUGGAUGCGAGUGGAGCGAGAAAAGAGAUGUUGAAGAUUAUUGAGGGGUACAGGAAGGAGGGGGAGAGAAGGCGAUCACAAGACGAAAGUCGCAGCUCGUCCCCUUUCCAGAAGGGCAAUCGAAGCCCUCCACGAAUCGAUUCAUGAGCUACGCGUAUAUGAACACGACUACAGGAAAUCAUCAGGCGUUAUGGAAUUAUGACAGGGCUGCAUUGGGACAAUGAGCGAGACGAGCUACACGAUACGAUGCACAAGAGAUAUGAUUGCAUGUUAUUUCUUUUCUAUACGAUCACACGAGACGAGUUUUGCGUUCUGGCAAAUGGGGAUGAAAUGUGCUUUGUGAGUCGAGUUGCGAGCUUUACGAGCGAUGAGUUCAGAUUGGGGGCAUGUAAUGGUACGAGUUGUACGAAGUGGUGAGACUUUUGCUAUGGUUAAUGGUUGCUUGGAAGUGGCUUCUUUAUAUCUGAGGAAGCGAGAUAAAACCCAGGCUACUUACUGGAAUCAAUGAAAUUUUAGCAUGAUAAUAAGGUCA